CGGCCCCUUCCGACCUUCCACUUUGAGAAGAGCACGCGACUUCCUAACAGGCCGACCGCAAAACUUGCAUCUUUUUAUAACGACAGAUGAACAAGGUCUUUUCUUCUUUGUUCAACGCCUUUGCAAGAUCAUCGAUUCCUGGAAGCUCGAAACUCGCAAGCUCGAGGACUUUCGCAACAAUGCACAAAUCCCCCGCGGCAAUGCUGAAUCGCCCUAUCCCGGACGAUGUUGACACCAGCAUCCAUCAACCCAGAGAUCCCAACACCUUGAGUAACUAUAACGUCUGGAAAACCAAGCAUGUCACCGCCGAUUUGGAGCUGGAGUUCGCCAACAACAGAUGUGUCGGUACCAUUAAAAUGGAGCUGGAAAGACUGGAGAAGGGCCAAGGAAGCGGAAAGGUAGUUCUGGACACCAGCUUCCUCGACAUCCAAGAAGUGAAGCUCGCCGGAAAGAAGGCCAAAUGGAACCUCGGAGAGAGAUUUGAGCCUUAUGGUAGCCCUCUCACUAUUGAGAUUCCCGAUGACCACUCUGGAGAUGCCGAGAUCGAGGUCACCAUGGCUACCACCGACAAGUGCACUGCUGUUCAGUGGAUGACCCCUGAGCAAACUUCUAACAAGAGACACCCCUAUAUGUUCUCUCAAUGCCAAGCCAUUCACGCUCGUUCUCUUCUGCCUUGCCAGGAUACUCCUGAUGUCAAGUCAACAUUCACUUUCAACAUCCGCUCUCCUCUCCCCGUCCUCGCCAGUGGUCUGCCCACCGGAAACAAGGACUUCCGUCAAGGCGAAGGCGAUGCCCCUGGUACUCUUCUGUACACUUUCGACCAAAAGAUCCCCAUGCCUGUUUACCUCUUCGCUCUCGCAAGUGGUGAUCUUGCUUCUGCUCAGAUUGGUCCUCGCAGCUGUGUUCACACCGGUCCUGAGGAACUGUUGGCUUCGCAAUGGGAGUUUGAGCCUACUGAGAAGUUCAUCCAGGCUGCUGAGAAGAUCGUCUUCCCCUACGCUUGGACUCAGUACAAUGUGCUGGUUCUACCUCCCAGUUUCCCUUACGGCGGCAUGGAGAACCCUAUCUUCACAUUCGCAACACCGACUCUCGUCUCCGGCGAUCGUGAGAACGUCGACGUUAUUGCACACGAGUUGGCACACUCAUGGUCUGGAAACCUCGUCACCAAUUGCAGUUGGGAGCAUUUCUGGCUGAACGAGGGCUGGACCGUCUAUCUCGAGCGCAGGAUCCAAGCCGCCAUUCACGGCGAACCUCACAGAGACUUCAGCGCUAUCAUUGGCUGGAAGGCUUUGACUGACAGCAUCGAGGGAUACGGAGCUGAUCACGAAUACACAAAACUGAUCCCCGACCUCAAGGGCAAAGACCCUGAUGAUGCUUUCUCCAGCAUUCCUUACGAGAAGGGGUUCACCUUCCUCUACUACCUCGAGAAGCUCGUCGGCAAGGACAAGUGGGACCCCUUCAUCCCCCACUACUUCACAAAGUUCGCCCAAAAGUCACUCGACUCGUACGAGUUCAAGGCCACCCUCCUCGACUUCUUCGCCAAGGAUGAGAAGGCAACCGACAAGCUGAACUCGGUGGACUGGGACACUUGGUUCUACAAGCCCGGCUAUCCUCCCAAGCCCGACUUCGACACCAGCAUGGUAGACGUCUGCUACGACCUCGCUAACAAGUGGGAAUCCCUCAACAAGGGCAGCUCGGACUUUACACCCUCAGCCUCUGACAUCUCAUCCUUCUCCGCCAACCAAUCCGUCGUCUUCCUCGAGAAGAUCCAAACCUGGGAUCAACCCCUCUCCCCCACUCUUGUCGAAAAGAUGGGUGAAAUCUACUCCUACGCAUCUUCCAAGAACGUCGAGGUCGUCAGCAGAUAUAUGAUUGUCGGUCUCAAGGCUAGAUGCGAAAGUGUGUAUAUCCCCACUACUGAAUUGUUGGGCAGAGUCGGCCGCAUGAAGUUCGUGCGCCCGCUUUACCGCAACCUCAGAGAGUGUGAUGAGAAACUCGCACAACAGACUUUUGAAAAGUACAAGGAGUUUUACCACCCGAUCUGUAAGGACAUGGCUAGUAAGGAUGUUUAUGGCAAGGCUCGUGGUGGUUAGAUAUGGCGUGAACCAAGAGAUGUGUGAGGUUUCGAUCAGAUAAUUGCAUGAAUUGAAUCCGAGUUUCCGAACAGCCAGAAUCUACCUCGUCGGUGAAAUAAUUCGGCGAAGUGGAGGAAAACUGCGAGUUUGGUCCCUCCAUCUUAUAAGUUGUCGAGUCUUGUUCCCCGGAUCAUGAUGUCUUGAUCUCUUCUUCGCUUCCCGUUGCCCCUUCCCUCUCUAUCCAAUUACAUCCUCCAUCCAUCCAUUUUCACAUCCUCCUU